AUGGACGACGAGGAAGAGGUUGAGGUUGCUCUUGAUGCCGGUGAGAUUUGGCGCCUUCGGGAGUGCAAGGAAGACGACGCGCCCAGCACCGGAUGGCGACCUUCAGACCCGGAGCUGUCCUCCAACGCGCCAAGCGAAGGCAGCGAUUUGGAGCAGAUCCCCUGCACGGCCAACGGGCGGAUCCCCAUCCCCAGUGAUUUCGAGCAGUGCCCGCACUUGCAGAGCUUCGUGCGCUGUGGGCCACACCACCGGGCGGAGCUCGAGGUCCUCUCACAGGAGGAUGUGGGAGAGCUGAAGGCGAUUUGGAGGCGCUACAGGGACGACCUCACAGCUCCCCGCUUCCAGAAGAAGCCAAAGUUCUCGGACAAGGAGUUUGACACCCUGUACAGACAUGCCAACAAGGUGGUCAGCGCGAUGGUUGCGGAGUACAAGGUUCCAAUGGUCCUUGACCAAGCCACCAUCAGCAACACCAAUCACAUCGGCCAUCCCCCGCACGCGGACAAUGUACAAUUUGACUCUGUCUGGUGGCAGGGUGAGCGCGUGCCGAAAGAGGACGAAGUCCAGGCUGCACGAGAAGGCGCCUAUGUGCUUUGGAGGAAUGAGAAGACCUCCUAUCGGAGCUACAGUUGCUCGGUAUCUCUCUGCGAUCCCGCUGGCUACGAGGGCGGCUUGGUGCAAUUCUUCAGGGGUUUUGGCAUCAAGGAGCCAGUGGCCAACUACAAGUGCCAGGAAGGGCAUGGCAUCGCCUUCUGCGGCUGCCACCGCAACAUCCACGCAGUUACUGGAGUCACCUCUGGCUUCCGGCUUGUCUUCCUCAUUUGGACCAGGCCACCCCAUGUCCGCGUUCCCGAGAACCAGAUGCACACCUGCUACUUCCGGCCGGGCACGGGUCACGGGGUGUGGCUCACCACUGCCGACAUCCAGCGGCACUUGGCCAAGCGCAAUGGUCGAGGAGAGUUGCGCUGGGCACCGGUGGGUGAAGAUGACACGUGUCGCUGUGCGAAGUGCACGGCUGAACGGAAGAAAGCCAGAUGGCAGGACUGCGGGGCGCCUGAGACUCGCAUCGGCAACGCCACGGAAGAAAAGGCGAAGGAGCACUGCCCUCUGCCGCCGCCUUUGGCGCUCUGCGCCACGCACGGCCGCUGGAGCCUGGGGCCGGUGAUUUCCAAGGCGGACAUCAGGACGCUGAAGCAAAUCUGGCUACGGCACCAUGAUGACUUGAACAAGCCCGCCUACACGGAGAAACCGGAAUUGAGCCAAGCAGAGCUGGCCAAGUUCAAGCACGUUGCCUUUAAGGUUCUGCGGGCCAUGGCCCGGAGUUUGAAUGAGGAGUUGGAACUGGACCAGGCCAUGGUAAGCCAAACCAGCCACCAGGGAGAUCCGCCUCAUGCUGACAACGUGCAGUUUGACUCUGUCUGGUGGCAGGGCCGGCGCAUUCGCGAGCGCGACGAGGUGCGCGCAGCGCAGCACGGGGCCGCGGUGCACUAUGCCCUCGGUACCGAGAACCGGAACUACUGCGCCAUGGUCUUGCUCAGUGAGCCUUGGGACUACAAGGGCGGUGACCUGGAGUUCUUCGGCGGUUGGGGGGACAAGGACUCCGAGCUGUCCAUUCGCCCAGCUGCUGGACACGCUUGGGGCUACUGCGGCUGCCAUCGGGGCAUCCACGCUGUACGAGGUGUACGCAGCGGUGAGCGCUUGGCGUUAUUGGUGUGGACGCGGCCUCAAGGCACAGUGGUUGCAGAGGAGCAAGCGAGCCUGUGCUACUUCCGGCCCAGCAGUGGUCAGAGUGUUUGGCUCACAAGCGCCGACCUGGAGCAUGCGAGGCGCUGCAUGAUGCAGAAUUUCAGGUGGGACCCGCCCAAGAUUCGCGGACAAGCCGUGUGGCGGCGCCAGCUGCCCUUCGGCUCAUUGGAGGCCAUGGCAGACGGUUGCAGUCCACCUCCCGAGGGUCUAGCAUCUCGCUGCGGCAUCGCCGAGCGGCUGCUGCCGAAGUCAUUUACGCGCUCCUUCGACCAGCACUUUCAACGUCUGGACACCAUCAUCGCCAAGAUUCAUGCGCAGGCCCCGGACGCUUGCGACUCCGACGCGUUCCCGCAGGAGGAGCCGAUCCACCGGGCCUUGUGGCGUCUCAGCGGCUUGGAGGCCCAGCUGCGGGAAAAGGAGGCGGAGCUGGACGCUGCGCUGCAGCAGGCGCUGCAGCGGCCCAGCUUCUCCCCGAAGCCAGCGCCUGACCGACCAGCUCCGCCCCGCUACUUCUCGCCGCCGCGGGAGGCGCUGCCGCACUUCGCACAGGAGCCUGGCAGGCGGGGCAUGCGUAGCCCGCGCCGGGAGCGCAGUGCGCAGGUUCUUGCUACUGCAGCAGCUGCCACGCAAACGGAGCAGUCGCUUGUCCAUCCGGAAGCAAGCAAUGCCGCCGCUAGCGCACUAACCGGCACAGUAGCUGAUGCAGCUGGCGCAGCUGGCAGCACAGCCGCAUGCGAGUCAGAGGUGGCAGAGGCAGAGAAGCAGCAGCAGCAGCAGCAGCAGCAGCUGGAGCAGACAAGUCACAUGACAGAGGUACCUCCCCCAAAGCGGCAAGAGGAGCAAAGUAAUGACGGCCCGCCGACAGAAACACCCGCUGCGACACAGAAGCAGAGCAUGCAUUCAGCUGCAAGCAGCGCACCGCCACAAGCAAAGUCGGGAGCAGCAAGUGGUGCAGUGACUGGCGCAGCAACCGAAACGGCGAACUGCGCAGUGGAGGGUGGUGCAGAUGUGAAAGGCCAGACUGACGGACAAAUACGCGACAAAGUGGACGCUGAGCUCCAGCCGCACCAGGCCAGAAGGAAAAGUCAAGUUGCCGCAGCAGAGCAAGUUGACGACAGCCUUACGCAUCUAGAACAGGCACCAGGCGAGCCUGAAGCAGGCAACGCGAAAGCGCCUCGGCAUGGCGAACAAGGUGGCGCUGACUCCACAUUUCCCCGGGAGGCAGAAGGAGAAGCACCUGCGCUUGGUGCGCAAGGUGCUGACUCUUCAUUUCUCAAGGGGCCAGAAGGGCCGGAGACAGCGCGGUGGCCAGCAGACAAGGCAACGGAAACACCAGUUGCAGUUGAGCAAGAGCAACGGCAAAGCUUGCAACCAGCCAGCGGCAAAGCACCACAGGCAGAGCAAGUAGCAGGAAGCGGUGCGGCAGCCAAAGAGGCUGCGGCGGCGGAAGGAGACAAGACUGAAGAAGAAAAAAGCGACAAAGCAAAUGCAGAGCAGCAGCAGCGGCGGCAGCAGGCUUCUUCACAGGCGCCCGCGCAACCAAAGCAGCAAGGAGAGCAAGCUGAGGACCGCUCGAAGCAACAAGAGCAAGUGCCAAGCAAGCCUCAAGCAGACAAUGCCGAACGGCCGGCGCCUAGCCGAAGUGCAGAAGGGCCUGCGCAUGGCGAGCAUGGUCAAGACUCCUCAUUUCCCAAGGAGCCUGAAGGGUCAGAGAGGCAACAGUUGCCAGCCGAGAACAAGGAGGCAACAGAGACUGCAGCUGCAUUGGAGCAAAAGCAAGGGAAAAGCUUGCAACCAGCCAGCGGCAAAGCACCGCAGGCAGAGCAAGUGGCAGGAAGCGGUGCGGCAGCCAAAGAGGCUGCAGAGGCGGCAGGAGUCAAGACUGAAGAAGAAAGAAGCGCCAAAGCAAACGCAGAGCAGCAGCAGCUGCAGCAGCAGCAGCAGGCUUCUUCACAGGCGCCCGCGAAACCGCAUGGUGAGCAUGGUCAAGACUCCUCAUUUCCCAAGGUGCCUGAAGGGCCAGAGACAGCGCGGUGGCCAGCAGACAAGGCAACGGAAACGGCAGUUGCAGUUGAGCAAGAGCAACGGCAAAGCUUGCAACCAGCCAGCGGCAAAGCACCACAGGCAGAGCAAGUAGCAGGAAGCGGUGCGGCAGCCAAAGAGGCUGCAGCGGCGGAAGGAGACAAGACUGAAGAAGAAAAAAGCGACAAAGCAAACGCAGAGCAGCAGCAGCAGCGGCGGCAGCAGGCUUCUUCACAGGCGCCCGCGCAACCAAAGCAGCAAGGAGAGCAAGCUGAGGACCGCUCGAAGCAACAAGAGCAAGUGCCAAGCAAGCCUCAAGCAGACAAUGCCGAACGGCCGGCGCCUAGCCGAAGUGCAGAAGGGCCUGCGCAUGGCGAGCAUGGUCAAGACUCCUCAUUUCCCAAGGAGCCUGAAGGGUCAGAGAGGCAACAGUUGCCAGCCGAGAACAAGGAGGCAACAGAGACUGCAGCUGCAUUGGAGCAAAAGCAAGGGAAAAGCUUGCAACCAGCCAGCGGCAAAGGACCGCAGGCAGAGCAAGUGGCAGGAAGCGGUGCGGCAGCCAAAGAGGCUGCAGCGGCGGCAGGAGUCAAGACUGAAGAAGAAAGAAGCGCCAAAGCAAACGCAGAGCAGCAGCAGCUGCAGCAGCAGCAGCAGCAGGCUUCUUCACAGGCGCCCGCGAAACCGCAUGGUGAGCAUGGUCAAGACUCCUCAUUUCCCAAGGAGCCUGAAGGGUCAGAGAGGCAACAGUUGCCAGCCGAGACCGGGGAGGCAACAGAGACUGCAGCUGCUUUGGAGCAAAAGCAAGAGAAAAGCUUGCAACCAGCCAGCGGCAAAGCACCGCAGGCAGAGCAAGCUGGAACUGGCGCGGCAACCAAUGAGGCAGCAGCGGCGCAAAGAGACAAGACUCAACAAGACAGAAGCGACAAAGCAAACGCAGAGCAGCAAAAGCAGCAGCAUCAGCAGCAGGCUUCGCAGGCUUCACAGGCGCCCGCGCAACCAAAGCAGCAAGGGGAGCAAGCUGAUGACCGCUCUAAGCAACAAGUGCAAGCGCCAAGCAAGCCUCAAGCAGACAAUGCCGAACGGCCGGCGCCUAGCCGAAGUGCAGAAGGGCCUGCGCAUGGCGAGCAUGGUCAAGACUCCUCAUUUCCCAAGGAGCCUGAAGGGUCAGAGAGGCAACAGUUGCCAGCCGAGAACAAGGAGGCAACAGAGACUGCAGCUGCAUUGGAGCAAAAGCAAGGGAAAAGCUUGCAACCAGCCAGCGGCAAAGCACCGCAGGCAGAGCAAGUGGCAGGAAGCGGUGCGGCAGCCAAAGAGGCUGUAGAGGCGGCAGGAGUCAAGACUGAAGAAGAAAGAAGCGCCAAAGCAAACGCAGAGCAGCAACAGCAGCAGCAGCAGCAGCAGCAGCAGCAGCAGGCUUCACAGGCGCCCUCGCAACCAAAGCAGCAAAGGGAGCAAGCUGAUGACCGCUCUAAGCAACAAGUGCAAGCGCCGAGCAAGCCUCAAGCAGGGCCUGCACAUGGCGAGCAUUUUCAAGACUCCUCAUUUCUCAAGGAGCCAGAAGGGUUAGAGACACCGCAGUUGCCAGCCGAGAACAAGAAGGCAACAGAAACGGGAGCUGCAUUGGAGCAAAAGCAAGGGAAAGGCUUGCAACCAGCUAGCGGCAAAGCACCGCAGGAAGAGCAAGCUGGAACCGGCGCGGCAACCAAAGAGGCAGCAGCGGCGCAAAGGGACAAGACUCAAGAAGACAGAAGUGACAAAGCAAACGCAGAGCAGCAGGACGAGGCCAGAAGCCAGCUGGCCUCAGCAGAAGCGCAGGCUGAGCCAAAGCGGCAAGCCGAGCAAGCUGCUGACCACCCUUAGCAACAAAAGCAAGGCGAGCAUGGUGGCGGGCCAGAGACACCGCAGCUGCCAGCCGAGACCAAAGAGGCAACAGAGACGUCAGCUGCAUUGGAGCAAAGGAAAAGCUUGCCUUCAGCCAGCGGCAAAGCAUCGCAGGCAGACCAGCAAAGUGAUUUUCUGUAGAUGCCGAGUUGGGACGAACCCCUGCGGCAGUUCAAGGAAGUGAUCCAUCGAUUAAAAAAGGCUCAAUAGCAAAUCUAAUACAACUCACACGAUGCCACAAAGGUGCAGAUGGAGGGUUGCAAGUCUGGCCGCCUGUUGAGUCAUGAUGAACUCGAAGGCAGUGAAAAGCGGGUGGAU